AUGCGCUUGUCCCCACUUCAUGUCUGCAUUGGAGCUUUUGCUUCCGCAGCGGGGGCAACCACAGUCACGGACAAUGCGGCAUUCGCCUCCAACAAGACGUUUGACUUUGUUAUUGUCGGCGCUGGCCUGUCCGGAAUUACCGUGGCCAACAAGCUCAGCGGCCAAGGUCAUUCCGUGCUUCUGGUGGAAGCCGGCCCCGACGGCUCAUGGAAUCCAGCGAUAUGGGAUGUAGAAAGCUCAGUGUACCCAGCCGUGUUUUGCAACUGGAGGUACCCCGUUUACGACGACGCCGGGAAUAAACUCAACUCCACGAUUGACGCCGGCGCUUGCAUCGGCGGAUCAACAUCCAUCAAUGGAAUGGUAUGGUACAGGCCAACCAAGGCAGAGAUUGAUAAGCUGGAGACGCUGGGCAAUCCCGGGUGGAACUGGGACAAUCUCGAGCCGCAACUAACCCUAACCCUAACCCCCAAGUACAUGAAAGCAAUAGAGCGCAACCACCCCCCAACAGCCGACCAAGUCGCCCAAGGGGCCGGUUAUGACCCAGAAGUGCACGGCUACCACGGCCAAGUCAACACUUCGUUUCCUACGCCCAUGCGUAUUCCCAAGGCGGUACAGCUGUACAAGAAGGGCCUGCCUCUCGUGUUCACGGGGCUCGAGGUUGGUAACGACCUCUCCAGCCGCACCUCGGUGGUAUCAGCGUCCACGUCCUGGACCAUCUGGAACGAUCCGGUGACGGGCAAACACGUGCGGUCUUCAGCUGCGGACGCCCUUCUCUGGGCGCCGGACCAGCAGAGGACAACCUUGACCGUGCUUGCCAACCACACCGUCGCCAAAGUCACCUUUGACAAAGACCUCCAGGCCACUGGGGUUCUUUUCGCAAGCAGCUUAACCAGAGACGCGGGAAAACUCUACACUGUCAAGGCUAGAAAAUCCGUCAUCCUCUCCGCGGGCACGUUGGCCACGCCGGCGAUCCUGGAGCGCUCCGGGGUCGGCGGGGCAAGUGUCUUGUCGGCGGCCAACGUUGCACAGAUGAUUGAUCUGCCGGGCGUGGGUGUGAACCUCAAUGACCAACCCGGGUCUACGACAUAUGCUCACAUGUCCGAGAACCAUCAGAAUGACACCUCCCUGGUAGACGGUGGCAAGCUGUUUGGUCCAGAGAUCUCUUUGGUCAAUAUUGACGAGAUAUGGGCUACUGAAUCUUUGACGUCGCCGGCAAAUCUGGCCUCCCGGGCCGAGGAGCUCGUCCGUGCCGGCGGCGCGGUGAGCAUCGCCGGCGCCGAGAUGCCGGUUGCCGAGUUCAUCGCCGAGACGUACCCAGCCGUCUUUGGCGCCCCUUUCUGGCCUCUGACGCCGCUGUCAAGGGGCCACGUACAUAUUCGUUCUGCGGAUCCGUUCGAGGUCCCCGUCAUUACGCCCCGGUUCCUCACGGACCAGUUUGACCAGCAGGUAGCGGUUGCAGUGGCACGACUUUCACGAGCGCUCUGGGCUAGUACGGCGUUUGAAGGGUUCGUAGACGACGCUUAUUAUGACCCUGAGAUUGGGCCCAACGGUACCGACGCCGAGUAUCUCGCGUGGUUGAAAGGGACGGCCGGGCCUGCUAGUCACUGGAUUGGGUCGACGGCCAUGAUGCCACGGCAUCUGGGCGGCGUGGUGGACUCUCGACUACGGGUGUAUGGAGCCAGGAACCUCCGCGUUGUUGAUGCUGGUAUCCUCCCGUUCCAACUUACCUCGCACACGAUGUCGACUUUGUAUGCUGUUGCUCAAAAAGCAGCCCAGCUCAUCUUGGAGGACUGCAACUAG